CUGGAGAAGAGAGUAGAGACAGAUUCAACUUUGGAUUUAUUUAUUUAUUUAUUUAUUUUUGUGAAAAAACACUAACGAGAAGAAAAACACUAUUCACCCAGAUUCUUUUCCCUGUUAAAUUAAUUUGGCAUUGGAUCGCAUUAUCUAGUAAUUUGAUUAAAAAUGAUGACCCCAAGACAAAUUAGUGAAGAUCGAGGAGUAGGAUCUUCUCCUCAUUUUAGUCACACUCCAUUGCAGAUCAUCCAUGUUAUUGGCAACUUCUUGAGAAUAUGGUCAGUUUAUUCGAUGUACCGCUAUUUGUCUCAGACUGGAGCUUCAGUGGUACUUUUUAUAUUCAGUUGUUUGAUUCCAUCGUCAAUCCUAUUUUUAGCUUUGCAAAAGCCUUGGAAGGGGAGAGCACUCUCUAAUCAGCAGGUAGUUCCAUCUGUUAUAAAUGGUGUGAUAACAGCUUUAUACUUCAUCUUGUGGGGAAAGGGACUUAAGUCGUGUGGACCAGUUAGAGCUAUCUUGGCGGAGUAUUCUGGUGCUGUUCUGGGAGUAUUAUCUGCUGCAUUGUAUGGACGGAGGGGCCAUAUCUGGAAAAAGGUUGGUGGGCUCAUUGCGAUGAUGGCGUCUUUCUACUUCUUGUCUCAAGGGUGGGCCAUGGCCACAUAUUCACCCUUUACAUUCAAAGAUAGUCCUACUACUGAGGAUCAGACAGAGGAAGUUUUGGGUAUGGGAGAAAUGGUAGUUCCAAUUCUUGCUGGAAUCCUAUCAGCUUUAAGAAGGGUUAUCGCACGCCGUGUUUCACUCAAGAAUCAACUUAAAAGGAGGCUUAAUGCAAUAACCAUUACUUCUGCGACAUGUUUUCUUUUUCCUGUGGCCAUGUGGGACUUCAUCAUUGGAUCAACUUCUGGCAGCAGUGUACAACUGCCGUUUUCAACCUGGGCAUUUCUCAGCACUACUGUUUUUGGAGUUAUCCUGAUAUUCUAUGUUGACAGUAUUGCAGAGGAGAGACUGCACAUGGUGUUCUCUUCACCAAGGCACCUAAUGGCAGCUGGAGGAUGCAUCAUUGUCAUGGAAAUUGUCUACAAUAUGGAUUUUUCUCUUCCAGGCUUCAUAAUAUGUUCCUUGAUCCUGGGCUUUGGGAUUUACGAGGCAACUGCUUUGGAGCGUGGUAAAAAGGGUUCUUUUCAGCAAUCUGAUCCAUUGGAUGGGGUGUUGGAAGAUCAAGGUCAGAUGUCCCCACUUCCUACUUGAAGUAUGCUGUAUUUCUUUGGCAGGUUUUUCACGUGUACACAACAGCUAGAGCAAGUGUUUACAGCUAGGAGACAAUUACCAUUUCUUAUAUAUUUAUCUCCUUUUUCGACGCCAGUGAAACAUUUCACGGAAUACUGGGUAAGAAUGAGUGGAAUCGUAACGUCCGAAAUCUCACAUUCUUGCUUUUGUUUUCUAACAAGUGGCUGAUUAAUUUUUGUAUUGAAUUGAUGUGUAUAUAAAUGAUGUAAACGCAUAUCAAAAACUGACAUAUGCCCAGAUGUUGAACAGUUCUCGCUCCCA